GGAAGUCCUCGGAUUCUUUCGUAGCCGCACAGGUUCAGUUGAUGCUGAUUCCGAGUAUUCUGACGACUGUGCGCGUUUGGAUUGAAUUGAAGAAACAAAAUGGCAUUAAGAAGGGCGCUGGUUCCUGCCUUUGAAGGGCUCGGUGCUGUGAGGCGGGUGCCAAUCCCUGCACUUGCUCGGCCUUCGUACACGCGACUAUCGCCGGUCAGCACCGUCAAGUCUGUUACAAGUAGUAAUCAGUUCAGCAGGUCAUUUGCUUCGCGGGCGCAGAUCGAGCGAUCCCGGAUGAUGGGACGACGCAGAAGCCCGUCGAGCGCGAAACGGGGCGACGUCUACUAUCCGCAGAGCGGCACCAGAGUCAUCUACAACCACAACUCGGUGCUAACUCCUAGUGAUCCGAUUUCCACGAUCCUCGAGCAGCCUGCGUUGGUUAUCGAGCGACAGAUUGAGUUUAUGAAUAUAUUCUUGGGCUUUGAACAAGCAAAUAGAUACCGUCUUAUGGAUAUUCAUGGCAAUAUACUGGGAUACAUCGAGGAGGUUGACUUUAGCUUCGCGAAGGCAAUCAUGCGACAAAUUUACAGACUCCAUAGACCAUUCACCGUAGUCGUCUACGACGCUGAAAUGAAUCCAGUUCUGACUCUGCAACGACCAUUUGCUCUCAUCAACUCCCGAGUACGGGUUUCGGUCCCUCCGACGAUAUACGACGACGAACCGAGAAUUGUUGGAGAGUCACAUCAGCGGUGGCAUUUGUGGAGACGGCGAUAUAAUCUGUUUACUAGCGAGGACGGAUCUGAUAACUUUGACCAGUUUGCAGCCAUCGAUGCUCCGAUCCUAUCAUUCCGCUUCGAACUACUGGACGAGCUAAAUCGACUGAUGGGCGUAGUCUCCCGCAACUGGGUCGGUCUCGGCCGCGAGCUCUUCACAGAUACCGGUGUUUACAUCCUGCAGAUGGACGCGGCCGAUGCGGGCGAGUCGCUUGUGACGAACGAGAAAGCCCCUGGGUUGACGCUUGAUCAGCGGGCGGUUUUGUUGGCGACUGCGAUUAGUAUUGAUUAUGACUACUUUUCGCGGCAUAGUACAUCGGGUGGUGGGUUCGUCAACUUUGAGUAGAUAUGUUAGUUUAAUAUAGAAGUCCUCAUUAAAUAUAUAAAUCAGCGCAUUGGUUAUAUUUGUAGGAUUAAAUUGUGCAAAAGA